AUGAGCCCUGCCCCACUGCUGGCCCUCCUGGGGGUCAUUCUCAUGCUGCCAGGAGAGCAGGCCCUGGUCUGCCACUUAGGGACACUUGAGGAGGUUUGGAAUGCAUCCCAGCUACCGGUCCAGUGGACCCCUAAGCAGAUAACCUGUGACAGCGGCCAGGGUUGCCAGGACACGCUGGUGCUGACUGAGAACGGACCCCUCGUGAGCUUGGUGCUCACCAAGGGCUGCACAGAGGCGCGGGACCAAGAGCCCCGGGUCACCCAGCACCAGACAGGCCCUGGCAUCUCCGUGGUCUCCUACACCCACGUGUGCCGCCAGGGGGACUUCUGCAACGACCUCAACGACACCGCCCCGGUCUGGGCCCAGCGUCCCGGGCCCACCCCAGCAGCCCCAGGAAACUUACGGUGUCCAGUCUGCCUGUCCACUGAAGGCUGUCUGGGGAAUGUAGUGGAGGAGAGCUGUCCCUCGGGGAGCACUCAAUGCUAUAAUGGAGUCCUUGGGUUCAGGGGAGGAGGCAUCAGCACCAACCUGAGAGUCCAGGGAUGCAUGUUCCAAUCAGCCUGCAACCUGCUCAACGGGACCCGGGAAAUUGGGCCCAUGAAUGUGAGCGAGAGCUGUGAUCCCAAAGAUUUUCUGAACUGUCACCGAGGGACCAAAAUUCAGACUAGCAGUGACUUGGCUCAAAAACCCGUCGAGUGGAGCACAAGUGGUGUCCAGGCAUGUGGUUCUGGGCAAGUGUGUCAGGAGACGCUGCUGCUCAUAGACGUCGGGUCCCGAUCAACCCUGGUGGGAAGCAAAGGCUGCAGUGAGGCCGGGGCUCAGGAUUCCCAGGUGACCUCCAUACACUCGAGGCCCCCCGGGGUGCUGGUGGCCUCCUAUGCCCGCUUCUGCUCCUCCAACCUGUGCAAUGCAGCCAGCAGUAGCAGCGUCCUGCUGAACUCCCUCCCUCCUCCAGCUGCCUCCGUCCCAGGAAACCUGCAGUGUCCUGCCUGUGUGCAACCCUUAGGAACCUGCUCCCAAAACUCUCCCAUGGUUACAUGCCCCAAGGGCACCACUCAUUGUUAUGAUGGUAGCAUUGAUGUCAGGGGAGGUGGACUGACCACCACAAUGGGUGUUCAGGGCUGUGUGUCUUCCAGCUCUUUGUUGAACCACACCAAGACCAUCGGGAUCUUUUCCAUGCAUGAAAACAAUGUGGAAGUGCCUUCUCCCCCAGAUGGAGUUGCUUCAGCCCCUGCCCUCGCUUGGGUGGUUGUGCUGGGGCUAUCCCUAGCCCUUUGGUGUGGGGGUGGGUUUUGCCUUUCCUGCUGA